CGGCGUCCUUUCUCUCUCUCCAUUUCUCCUAUAAAUGAGGAGUAAUGGGAGAACUGAACUGUCAGUCCUUUCGUCUUCCUCCUUCCUCUGAACUCCAAACCAAUGGAUUCAGGGUUCUGCACCGCCCAUCUCUCUCAGCUUCUCGGCCCCAACACCACCAACGCCACCGCCGCUGCUAAUUUCAUCUGCGAUCAAUUCACCACCGUCACCACCAACUUCUCCGACACCAAAAAUGCCCUCGACAACACAUACCUUCUCUUCUCCGCCUACCUCGUCUUCUCUAUGCAACUCGGCUUCGCCAUGCUCUGCGCCGGUUCCGUCCGCGCCAAAAACACCAUGAACAUCAUGCUCACCAACGUCCUCGACGCCGCUGCCGGCGGCCUCUUCUAUUACCUUUUUGGCUACGCUUUCGCCUUCGGCUCCCCUUCCAAUGGCUUCAUCGGCCGCCAUAACUUCGGUCUCACCUCCUUCCCUACCUCCACUGCCGAUUACAGUGUUUUCCUCUACCAGUGGGCGUUUGCCAUCGCUGCCGCCGGGAUUACAAGUGGAUCUAUCGCUGAGCGGACUCAGUUCGUCGCUUAUUUGAUUUAUUCCUCUGUUUUGACUGGAUUCGUUUAUCCGGUGGUUUCUCACUGGUUUUGGUCGCCCGAUGGUUGGGCUGGGGUUAUGAGAUCGGAUGGGGGAUUGUUGUUCGGAUCGGGAGUUAUCGAUUUCGCCGGCUCCGGAGUCGUUCAUAUGGUUGGGGGAAUUGCUGGUCUAUGGGGCGCGUUGAUCGAGGGGCCGAGAAUCGGUCGAUUCGAUCACAACGGCCGGUCGGCGGCUCUGCGAGGACACAGCGCUUCGUUAGUCGUUCUCGGAACUUUCAUGCUCUGGUUCGGAUGGUACGGUUUCAAUCCAGGUUCGUUCACGAAGAUUCUCGUCCCUUAUACCUCCGGAAACUUCUACGGCCAGUGGAGCGCCGUCGGACGAACAGCGGUUACCACCACGCUCGCCGGAUGCACGGCGGCACUCACCACGCUUUUCGGGAAGCGAUUCCUCUCGGGCCAUUGGAACGUGACGGACGUUUGUAACGGACUCCUUGGCGGCUUCGCCGCCAUCACCGCCGGCUGCUCCGUCGUCGAGCCAUGGGCAGCAAUCAUCUGCGGCUUCGUCGCCGCCCUUGUGCUAAUAACCUGCAACCGCAUCGCAGAGAAGGUGAAAUACGACGAUCCAUUAGAAGCCGCUCAACUCCACGGCGGGUGCGGCGCGUGGGGAGUGAUAUUCACGGCACUCUUCGCAACGAAGGAGUACGUAACGGAAGUGUACGGUGGAACGGGGCGUCCGUACGGCCUUCUGAUGGGCGGCGGCGGGAGGUUACUGGCAGCGCAUUUGAUACAGAUUUUGGUGAUUGUGGGGUGGGUGAGCGCAACGAUGGGGCCAUUGUUCUUUGUUCUUCAUAAAUUGAAGCUUCUGAGAAUCUCCAGUGAAGAUGAAAUGGCGGGGAUGGAUCUGACCCGCCAUGGGGGAUUUGCUUACAUAUAUCAUGAUGAAGAUGAAGCCAAGAAAAUGGGGAUUCAGUUGAACAGAGUGGAACCAAAAUCUGCAACUCCUACUGGAGAUUUUUUAUGAUGAUGAACAAUUAAGGUUGUUGUUUUUGCGACUAUUGCUUAAGUUUCUCUAAUGGUUUUAGUGUUAGUUUGUUGGAUUUUGCUUCAAAAUUUGUUUGAUUGUGUGUCAAUUAAUGUUCUAGUCUGUGGAUAUGGUGAACAGAUAACCCAAACACUAUAGAAUUUGUGUUUUCUCUGCUUUCUUUAUUA